CCAGGAGCGACACACGGGCGAGCAGGCGUUCGCCAACAGCAGCGCGCCGUCGGCCGCCAAGCGCAACACGAUGACGACGGCGGCGGCGAGUACGCGAACCGCCGACGACCGAGCCGCGGCGCGCGGCCGCCGACAGUAGCGAGCGAAGCGGUUGCUCAGUCCGCGCGCGGCAAUCGACUAGUGCGGUCGCACUUUGGUGCUCGCGGUUCCCGAGCAGCGGCGUGCGUGCGUGCGUGCGUGCGAGUGUGUGUGGGUGUGCUGUGCGUGUACCUGAAGGCGCGUGUGCGUUGCGCUUCGCGAGUGGCCAGUCAGUGCAUCGGUUGUCGUUGCGAAGCCAGGCCCCGGCACGCAUGGCCGGCUUGUUGCAGCCCCCUUCUGCCCCCAACGGCAGCGCCGGCGGAGCCGGCGGUGGCCUGUCUGCUCCCAGCAGUCCUUGCCUGGGAAACCGACUGACAGUGCCCGGGUCGCAGGGACCCAGAGACCGCAAGUACAGCCUUCCGCUGCAGCUUCAGCGGCGGCCGUCGCUGUCCGGAUACGCGGCCGCGGUCGAGUCCGCUCGCGAGGAUGCCCGCCGGCGAAAGUUCAGCCAGGUGGGCCAGGUGGUGUCCCACCGGCUGUCCACCACCAUCGGCUGGAAGGUGUACACGGUGACCACCCAGGAGGUGGCCGACCAGGCCAAGAGCCUGUGCGGUCGCUACCUGCGCGCCAAGCUCAAGCAGUGCGGUGCCGUGCACAAGAAGCUCGGCCUUCAGCGGCUGCGCAGCGUGAGCAACUUGAGCGUCGGCUACCCCACGUCGGACGUGGCCCAGAGGCUGCGACUCGUCUGCUCCGAGCUGGAGAACUCGCACCCCGACCUCUACCAGACGGUGACGGGCAACAUCGGCGUGCACGCGCUGCCCUCGGAGACGGCGGUGCAGAAUGUGUUCGAGGCAGUGGCGCGCGAGCUGUUCCGCAACGACAUCUCGUGGGGUCGCAUCGUGGCCCUCUACUCGGUCUCCGGCGGACUCGCCGUCGACUGCGUCAAGCUGGGCCACCCCGAGUACGUCCUAGGCCUCGUCCAAGCUCUGGGCCUAUUCGUCGAGAGAGACCUAGCCACAUGGAUCAGUCAGCAGGGUGGAUGGGGAACCCUAAUCACGCGGUUCCGACGACGGCCCCAGCGGUCAAUCCUGGUCGACUUCUUGCUUAUCGUGGCGGGCCUGGUGCUGGUGGUGGUCCUUCUCUAUUACUGGCUGUCCUGACGCCCGGCGCAAACGCUACACCUCGCAAGGAUGCUGUGAUCGGCGCCAUUCCUUCCGCCCAAGUUUGCCAUCCUGGAACCCCACAACGCCAAAGACGCGGUGCUAUGUGUUGUGUGACAGCGAGCCUCACGAACAAACCCACCAAACACAGCCAAGAACUGACUGAGCAAAUUGAGUGCCGUGAAUCUGUGCACAUGAAACCGUCUUGCGCGUAGUUCAACCCGUUGGUGCUGUGACCGCUGUGCUUCAGUUGUAGAGGCCAACGUAACAAUGUUUGCAUGAUGUUGGAAUGGUGACCAUUGAUGACCACGGUGACCAAGACACCUGUUCCUUGUUCUGUUGUUGCGAGAUAACUAAUCACGUAUGUAGCACCUGGCUUUAGUGGUUUUGUCGUAGCAGAUUUCGACGUCCCGAACUUGUCACAGGGACCAUCGCCCGAGCGAGAAAGAAUUUUUGACGAACCAUGUUGACGAAUGAGUGGGGCCAGACUUUCGUGCAUGGAUGUGUAUUCUCGCGUCUAAACUACCGCAGUAUUUACACGGAAAGCUUGUGAGUCUGCGCGUGAACACAUGGGCUGACUUGGUGUCCUAAACCGUGCGCAUACCGCCGUAGCGGUAGUCGUGGAGACACUGCAUUUCUGUUCCUGGACUUACUUGAGUGAAAUUUGUGUGAGUUUUGUGUACAUAUAUCUCGAGCCGGUAGUAUCAAACAUGCAUUUAUCCUUGAAAGAAUACUAGGGUCGAAUACAGCGUGAUAUUAUACAUACCUAUGUAACGUGCAGUGCGAAGUCUUACACGGUAGCUGAUUACAAAGAAGAUAUCAGAAGGUACUCGAUCGCAGGAAAAAUCCUGCACGCAAGAUAUUUAGGCGUCAUUAGUUUAAUUAGGACAAGUUUGCUGGGUUCGCGAUAUGUACCGGCCAAUCAGACGAUUUUAAUUAGGCAUUUUCAGGCGAUUUAAGCAAACGCACAGGCGUUUUUUCUUUGACCUGGGAGGCUGAGCUAUGCACCGGUAGGAAAUGCGCUAAAAGGUAACGUGAUCAGUAUAGGGUGAGUAAAAA